GCAGACCCGCCCUCCAGACGCCAUUUCUCCAUUUCUCCACCUCACACUAUCUGAGCUGACGAGAGGGAGAGGGAGAGGGCUGAAGCUGCCUGAUCCUCACAGGGGAACUGAAUUUAACGGGACAGAGUGGGUUUUACACCGCUUUUUCGGGUGUCAGAGACGCGCCCGAGCGGCGAGGACUACUUUCACGCUUGAGAACUUUUGCUAUUUUGCGGAAUCUCUUUUUAAAGUGGAGGAUUUGCUCACAUUUGUGUGAGAGUUUUAGUGUGAAGAAGACGUGUUGCAGGCCGCCAUCUUUGUUACUGCUAGCUAACCUAACGCUAGCGCUAGCGGCACUGUUACUCUGUUACUGAAGUCGGUUAGCUUGCGCUAGCUGCUGGAGUAUAGGCGUGGACAAACGCUGUUUUGGGUGUUUUUAGCGUGUGAAAUACUGCUGAGGACUCGUUAAUGGACGCUUUAACGUAUGUUCUGUGUUUUGAAGCAGCUAUCGUGAUGUAGAGAGCGGUGUUUUUAGCGAGAUAAUAAAUCUUAAGUUUAACUAUGGCGAGCUUUUCUCUAUCGUGAGCUGACAGUGCUGAGACGGCUAGCUAAUUAGCUGCUAGCUUGCUAUUAUUGUCUCAUGAACUAAACUAUAAGUUAGUUACGUGAUUAGCUGGUUAAUCAUUGUUUAAUUGACGUUUUAAUAAACUAAAAUAGCUUAGCUAGUUAAUGCUGUUUCAGGAAAUAUAAUAAUCUAGCUGGCUUAUAUAUUGUUUUAUAACCAACUAAAAGAACUACAGUUAAUUAGGUUAGCUUGCUAAUAUUCGUUUCAUGAACCAAACUAGAUGAGCUAAGUUAGUUUUAACUAGGGUUAAGUUAACUGUCGGUGGCUGGCCAGUAUAGUUAAGUUAUUUCUUAAACUAAACUAGCUAGAUAAUAUUGUUUUAGAAAUUAAUCUGACUGAAUAAUAUUGUUUAUUAUUUAAACUUGCUGGCUGUCUGCUAGCUGUGUAGCUAACUAGGUAUUUGGCGGAAGAGGGAAGGGAAAAAGGGGAACUUUAAUCUAUAUUCUCGGUAUUCUCUUGAUUUGGUGUCACUUAAACUGUCUUUUUUGACCGAUCAUUUUUUGUAAUAAUCUAAAUGUAAUAUAUAUAUAUCUACCUAUUUUAAAGCAGUGCUUAUUCUUUGCAAAGCCAGAACACACAGCGCAAUUCAUGGUAAAGCAACUAAUUAACUACUAAGUUGGGUUGUGUCGGUUGCUUGCACUCCUGUCUUGUGAAACGGCAGGUUGUAGUUCAUUUUUGUUUUAGCUAAAGUUCAGCUCUUUAUUUAUAACUAAAGCACGUUUAAAAAGUGUCAAAGUGCUGUAACGUUACAAUAAGUCAGAAUUAAGGCUAACACUCGUCUUUCUAAUUUAUUCUAUAGCUAACAUUUAUACAUAUUGUAUUGUUAAGUCUAACCUAACUAACGUUUGCUAUUUAUUUAAGAUCAGACAUGUCGUCGGCACGGUUCGACUCCUCGGACCGAAACUGUUGGUAUUUCGGCUCGCUUUCGAGGCAGGAGACGCAGAGUAGGUUACAGGGACAAAGACACGGUAUGUUUUUAGUUCGAGACUCGUCCACCUGUCCAGGUGAUUACGUGCUGUCGGUGUCCGAAAACUCCAAAGUCUCCCACUAUAUCAUCAACUCUUUGCCAAGCAAGAGGUUCAAGAUAGGCGACCAGGAAUUUGAGCAUCUGCCCGCGCUUUUGGAGUUCUACAAAAUACAUUACCUGGACACGACUACCUUGAUAGAGCCUGCACCAAGGUACCCCAACACAGCUCUAACCACUGGUCCUAUUCAGACAAUCGGUGGACCUGGUGAUGAGAAUUUGGAGUAUGUGCGGACUCUUUACGACUUCACUGGCAGCGAUGCAGAGGACCUUCCUUUCAAGAAGGGAGAGAUCCUGAUUAUCUUAGACAAGCCUGAGGAGCAGUGGUGGAGCGCCAAGAGCAAGGAUGGACGUGUUGGUAUGAUCCCCGUACCCUAUGUGGAAAAGCUUGUCAGGCCAUCGCCACAUCCCGGGCAGCCAGGCCACAGUGCCCGCAACUCUAACAGCUACGGUAUUCCCGAGCCUGCACACGCCUAUGCCCAACCUCAAACACCAUCGCCCCUGCCCCCUGGCACACCGGGUGCCGUCAUCAACCCACUGCCUUCCAUGCAGAAUGGGCCAGUAAUGGCCAGAGCUAUUCAGAAACGGGUGCCCUGUGCUUAUGACAAGACCGCCUUGGCAUUAGAGGUGGGCGACAUUGUGAAAGUGACACGGAUGAACAUCAGCGGUCAGUGGGAAGGCGAAGUAAAUGGACGGAGAGGCUUGUUCCCUUUCACCCAUGUGAAAAUAAUGGAUUCCCAAAACCCAGACGAGAGUGAAUGACCUGUGUCUUUUUCUGUCGGCGCUCUCUCUCUCUCUCUAUGCCUGCUGGCUGCCGCCCCACGUUGUCACCACCUGAAUCGCGCUUGCCUGCUUGAGGCUGUGCCACAGCGUGUCUCUGGAGCAAACCAUUUGCGUGGCUUUUGACUGUGUACAGCUCCAAACUCAAACAGUUCUUAAUCUCUUUCCCUGGUUACAGGCGAAUCAGUAUUUUUGUCUGCCCUAAAUGUCCUAUUAUUUCCAUGCUGUCGGCCAUCUGUCCCUGUGCCGAGGUGAGACGCCGGUGCUGUGGCUCGCUCUGUGGCGCCUGGUCUCUUGCCUUUUUUUUUUUGUUUGUUUGUUUUUUUGUUUUGUUUUUAUUUUUUCAAAAGUGAACUUCUUUUGAAAGCUAGCUUUGACUGUUUGCAAGCCAAACAUUUCAGACAUUUAAGACAAAAAUGUUUUGAGACAAAAAAGGGAAUAGAAUUUCUUCAAAGUGAGGAGGACGAUUAAACCUUCUGGAGGAACCAUGUUGUUGUUAUCGCCAAUCCUUUACCUGUGUGUUUUUUAACAUAUACACAUUACUCCCCCACUCUGUAAAACCUCUUACAAAAACUCUCGAGACUGACCUGCGCACAGAGUAGUAGCAUGUUUGUGAACGCCUCAGAUCAGGAUGGGGUUUCAGUCUUGCAGUGAUGGGUUGGUUCCUUUUGAGUAAAAUAAAAAAACUAUGAAUCUGUUAAAAUUCAUCUUUGUGUGUCAGCAGCAGUCUAGUUGCAGACUUCAGUGGUCCUUUUGUUCCCUGACGAGUAGAGUACGUGAAACUACUAGUUGUAGCCUUUUUCGUUUGUGCCAUAAUAAUAACACAAGAUGUGUAAAUAUCAGGCGUAGUGUAAGUUGAUGGCUGUGGCUUUGGAGGCUUUAACUUUAACUAGAACGGUGAAGGGCUUAGCAGAGAGCCUUUUUUUUUUUUGACUGUAGUCACAAUAGUUCAGUGACAAGAGAGUAGGUUUGGAAUAAUACAACAAAAUUGUCCACCUAAACUAUGCCUUUCAUGCAAGCAGGAACAUUCGCACAAGCAAUCAUGAGGCAGUAAAUAUAUGCACCCUUUGAAGAUUUGGUGGAUUUGGUGUUUGAAGAGCACUGCUUUAUACCUUUCUGCAGUUUUUCUUUUUCUCCACUGUUUCUUUCCCCACUGUCAGAAGAGAACAGUAUCUCACCCGCUUUGUCAUCAAUCAGCUGAUUUUGCACAUCAGCAGGGUUGUGCUAGGAAAAGAAUAGUCAACAUACUGUACAUCAUUUUUAAAUCUUUCUCAUUUGUACAUUUUUAUUUUAUUUUAUUUAGUGUAGCAACGAUAGCCUUCAGCCCUGGGUUUCGUUCUUUUCCAGCCCCACAUUGAAUCAAGCAUUUACUGUGUGUUUAAAAUAAACUGUUGUAAAAUCUUUAACGGAAGAUGAUUUUCUAAAAAGGGAUAAAAUGCCUGCUGGUGGCCUCUGUGCAUGACCUCCUGGCCAAGAGGUUUCCUCCCUCUUGGGUCCAAUGCUGCUUUAUGUCCUCAUUAUUUCCUCUCGACUUUGAACUUAUUUUUCGAAUUGCAUCAGUAAAAUAAAACCAUUCUUAGUUUCUAUCUCCCAGACGUCCCUUUUAGGCUAACCUUUAUCAAGCAAUACCCUGGUCAUUUCAAAAGUGUUCAUGUAAUUUAUGUUUUGAAAAUGUUUUAUUUUUUUUUCUUUUCUAAUGACAUUAACAGUAUUACUGUGCUAUUUUGUUUUACAUUAGUAAGUGUCCACAUGGUCUCCUUAGUUCAGAAUGAAAACCUGUGCCUUUUUAUUUUCUUAUACCAUUUACAUGUGUUAAUAUUGCCCAUGGUUAACACUCGUGCUGGUAUGACCCAUCAUGUACAGAGUGAGUAAAUAAAAUUUACGUUUACUUCUCUUAA